GAAUAAUGAUAACGCAGAAAGUAACACAUAAGAUCUUUUGACAUUUUCUAGAUUAAAAAAAAAAAAGACCAAUCAGGACGGAAGGAUUAAUAAAAAUCAAUGGACCAAUAACAACAUUUUGGCUUAUAUAAUUUUGUUUACUUGAAUGGAACUUAUUUCCCCUCCCAAAUGCUACUUCAUUCAUUCAUUUCCCUUUGCCCCCUCAUUGGCCAUGCUAUUAUUCAUGACUUUAUUACACUAGUGAUUCACAAUGGCAGAAGAAGGAAACACCCCAAAACACCUGCCACUUGCCCCCAUCAUCUUUUCUUCUCUGUCUCUGUUUUAGCCGGAAAACCAGGACAAAAUAUACUAACAUAAAAAAUCGAAUUGCAGCAGCCAAUCCCACCUGAAGUAGAUAAAUAUCUCUCACACACUUCUCUUGACUGAUUAACAACAACCCUUCAAAAAUUCUUUUUGUUUCUUCACUACUUAUUUAGCGGACUUUAAGAAAAAGACGGACAAAGGAAAAAGAAAGAUGAAGAAAUGUGAACUCUGCAACUCUGCUGCAAGAAUGUACUGUGAAUCAGAUCAAGCAAGCCUGUGUUGGGAUUGUGAUUCUAGAGUUCAUGGUGCCAAUUUCCUUGUGGCAAAGCAUUUGAGGACUCUUUUGUGCAACUCCUGCCAAUCUCCAACUCCAUGGACUGCUUCCGGACCUAAACUUGGCCCAACUGUCUCAAUUUGUCAGUCCUGUGCUGCCCAUGGAACUGUAAACAGAGCAGUUGAUCAUGGCCGCCGUCAUCAAGAUGAUGAUGAUCAUGGUAAUCAUGAAGAUGAUGAGGAUGAUGAUGAUGAUGAUGAUGAUGAAGACAGUGAUGAUGAUGAUGGUAGUGAUGAAGGUGAUGGUGACAAUCAAGUUGUGCCUUUGGUCGGAACAAAUUCACCACCUUCUCCUCCUCCCCUGAGUUCGAGUUCUUCUUCAAGUAAUAGUGAAGAUUCUUCAACGAAAAGAUCUUCGAGGAGAAAUGGCCAAUCAAAUUCAAGAUUUGGGUUUUUUUACUAGUUCCUUGCUGAUUGAUGGGAAAAAAUGCCAGAUUAUCUCCUGCAUAUGAUGUUGAUGAUAGGAUUGAAAGAUCACAGGCCAUAUGGGGGCAUCACGGCAAUGGAGAUGAUGAUCAAGAUUUGGAGAUCAAAUUAGAGGCUACAUUAACUUUAUUGACUUGUUGUUGGCAGAGAUAAUUUUGAUGUAUGAAAUGACUACCAUUUUUACCACUUUUGAACAGAUAGCAUCUUCGUCAAGGUGUUGUAUAUGGAAUUCCAGUUAGAUUGAUUGUUUCCAUUUUAAUAUUUGUAUGAGUUGGACGUAAUUAGUGGAGCCCCUAAAAUAUCUAACUUCACAUCUUUCAUCUUUUUUUUUUAAUUAUUAAUCAAUACUGUUCUUCUUAACUGAUGCCCUGAUAACACGAAUUUGCUAUAUAUCUA